AUGGCUUCUAAAGACAGACUCGGCAACUCAGAUUACUUCCCAGUAAUCAUUAUAGGUGCCGGCCUAUCUGGGAUUGCUGCAGGAUGCCAACUGAAAACAAAACUUGGCCUGGGCCGUUUUCGUAUAUAUGACCGGAACGAUGGAAUUGGGGGGACAUGGUGGAUUCAUCGGUAUCCAGGUGUAGCAUGCGAUGUCCCUGCAAGCCUGUACUCUUAUUCCUUCGCGCAAAAUCCUUCAUGGUCAACUCUCAAACCUUCGGGGGAGGAGAUUGCGGCAUACAUACAGGCAACAUCUGAUAAAUUCGGGCUUUCGUCGCAUAUUCAGCUGAAUACCGAGGUUAGCAGUUUGAUAUGGGAUGAGCAGAAGGAAGAAUGGCAAGUAUCCCUGUAUCAGACAUCAUCGGCCAAAGGAAAGUCAGUAAAUUGUCCCGUGUUGAGAUGUAAGCGCACUGUGAGGGCCAAGAUAGUCAUCAGUGCCACAGGGAAGUUCGCCGUCCCUCGGACAGAUUCCGUCUGCGUUCCAGGUAUUGAAACCUUUACGGGAAUCGUAUUGCACACCGCAAGAUGGGACGCCAAUGUCAACCUGCAGGAUAAACAUGUUGUGGUUAUUGGGGCUGGCUGCAGCGCAGCCCAAUUGGUCCCAGCUCUUCUUCACCAAUAUAACGUUCGCUCUAUUACACAACUAGUACGAACAGCUCCUUGGGUAUCUCCAAACUUUCUUUCUUCCAGGCAGCUGCGAGCAUGGGAGACCUACAUGCCGUGGCUAAUGCAGAAGGUCCCUGGCCUACCACAGGCGGUUCGCCUGGUUAUGUUUCUAAUAGCUGAACUUUCAUUCUUUCGGAUAUUUAAAGCUGGACAACACUAUAGUCACAAGAGAUAUGAAGAUAAGCUUCGGGGUUACAUGGAGCGCAGUAGCCCCAGUCAAUAUCACGAAAUACUUACUCCCCGCUAUGAGCUGGGGUGCAAAAGACUUGUCCAUGAUGCAGGGUGGUUCAAAGCGCUCUGGGAUCCUAGACUGUAUAUCACGGACCGUCGACUUGGCAGGGUCGAAAAGAGCGCGGUAAUGCUAACCGACAUGAGGGACGAUUAUCAAUGUGCACAUCCACAUGAGAGCAAAAUACCAGCAGAUGCGAUUAUUAUGGCAACAGGAUACGAUACCUCCUCCCUCCUACCCAAUAUACACGUUAUCGGCAGUGGAAGUGCUACGCUUCAUGACUACUGGAGAUCCGAAGGGAUUCAGGCAUACCAGGGGUUGGCGGUUCCUGGAUUCAAGAACCUGUUUCUGCUACUGGGGCCUAACUCAUCGAAUGGUCAUACAAGCGUUAUGAUCGGGGUGGAAAAUUCCAUCCACUAUAUUUUGAAACUUAUUAAGCCAAUUCUCGAUUCUGAAGUGAGCUGUUGGGAUAUCAAGAAGGAAUCAAGCAGAAUAUGGACAGAGAGCGUCCAAAAGACAUCUCAAGAGAGCGUGUGGGUAACUGGCGGAUGUCACAGUUGGUAUAUAUUCCAUGAUCUAUAA